AUGGAUUUCUCUAAGUUUCGCGAAUCUGGAGACCUCUCGGACAUUACCGUGAUAACGGGAGGCACGGAGUUCCGAUUACAUAGGUUUCCACUCUAUGCCAAGUCCGAGUAUUUUGUCAAGGUAAGUCGAGCAUCCCCGGGCGACAGCAACAGGGUGGAGUUACUCGACUUCCCCGGGGGAGCGGACAUAUUCGGAAUAGUGGCAGACUUUUGUUACAACAUGAAGGUUGACAUGACCAAGAAUAACAUCGUACAAAUCCGAUGUGCCGCGGAAUAUCUUCAGAUGUCGGGGACUGGGAAUCUCAUUGAGAUAAGCGAUAAAUUCUUACAUGACACUAUCACUUCUGGUAAACUCAGUCGUUCCACAGGGGCCAUAACUUCCCUGCUGCUGUACUGCGUCACUAUCGGUCCAUUAGCAGAAGUGGCUGGAAUAGUUGAGGCAUGCUCGGAUGCCAUGGUGGAGUCAUGGCUCAAACCACCCACAAAGUUUACAGAUCCGAGUAACUUUAAGAAGCAGGGAAGCUCAGUUGAUAAACGUGACGACAAGACAAUGAAGGGUCUCUGUAAUUUGCCACUGGAUUGGUUCGUCAAACUGCUGACGUCAGCCAGAGACAGUGGCGUGCGUCCGAGUCUUCUUGCCGACAUGGCAACCCGUUACAUCACUUUGGUGUUGGAUAGAGACGAAAGCGAAAAGAGUAUACAAGAUGCUGGAUCAAAACCAGGAAAAGAAAACACUGAAAAGUCACCUAGUAAGGCAGAUCCAGUCAAAAUCACGAAGAAAAUAGAUACAGGGCACGUGUUAGAUGCUGUUAUAAUGGAACUUCCGGAAGAUUCGUUUUCUGAUGACGUCAUGACAAUUGACUGGAUCACAAGGACUUUUAAGAUGGCGACAUUGCGUGGUUGUCGUUGCAGAAGACCUUUGGUAAAAGCGGCGGGAGAAAUAAUGAAUAAACUUGCACCGGAUGACCUAUGUAUCAUAUCACCUUCCUUGUUACGUGACAUCGUACAGGAGUCAUGUAAUGACGAGGGGGAGGCCGAAAGGGCAUGUAGAAUCAUAGACACUUACAUGACAGAGAUGGUGAGGAAAGGAGUACUGACGGGUGAAACGUUCCGACUUCUGGCAUCAGCAGCUCCAGGUGAAGCACGCAAGAGUCACGACCAACUUUAUGGCAUACUUGAGUAUGUUCUUAUAGCAGAAAGAGAUAAAAUGAGUGAUGACCAGCGCCAGGAACUGAUAAACAGAGUGAAUUUUACCCUGGUUAGCGAGGAUGUGUUACACCAAGCACUGGCAUCGGAAUUCAUUCCCCCAGCCCACGUGGCAAAGGGCGCAUUGGCAUUAUGUGCUCGUCUAAAGAAAGAUCUAGAGGUCAUGACAUCAACGGUGUCAAAACAGGACGAGGAACUCCGAAGAUACAACUACAGCUACAAGAGAGGAAAGGUGACGACGACUCCCGCGCCAAGGUCGUCGUAUAGCUCAGCUCCUCCCUACCAACGCGGGGGGCUCACGGAAACAGAUUACGAACCGACGAAAGACAGUGAUCCGCUGAAGGUACUGGAUAACAUGCUGAGUGGGACGGACAGACAGACAGAUGAAGUUCUCUCAUCAGCAAGAAACAAGCUGACUUCCGGUGCGGGUACAGGGGUCCCGUUCAACUCCUUCCGGCCUGUACAGUCAGGGGAGCACGACAUUAGCUUUGAGGAGGAACUGGAAUUUAAGUACGACCGAGCAUUCCGUGCUAUGGACAACAGUAGAUCCAAGCCACGGUCGGGCGGGUAUGGAUAUAGGUCGUCAUUCCGGUAUUGA